CCGUGCUGGCACCUGGGGGAAGCUCAUUGUGCUGCCAGACCCACCCCCAGGCAUUGCAGAGAUUAGGGGCUGGUGCUUUCCUUUUUAAAUCGCCUGGCUCAUCCUGUUCCUGUCACACUGCGGCGAGGAGUCUCCGAGUCACCUUCUGCUAUGGACUGGGCUCCAUCCCUGCUUCUCUUCUGCGCUCUCUCUGUCUCCUUCGCGUGGGCUGCUGCCACCGAACCCAAGCACCAAAGCAAGGGAGCGAAAGGAAAGAGGAAAGGAUCGGCUAGGGAUGAGGUCCAGCUGCCGGAGGCACAGGCACCUGGCACCGACCCCGUGCUGAAGGGGAACUCCAUGGCCUCAGCGGCAGACAGCCCCUACACCCUGCUGGAGGAUUAUGAACAGAGCAUCCGGGAGAUGGUGAACCAGCUGCAGAACAGCUCAGAGCCAGCCGACAGCAAGUGCCAGGUCAACCUGAGACUCUGGAGGUCCAAUAAGAGGAGUCUGUCUCCGUGGGCCUACAGUAUAAACCACGAUCCAACGCGGAUCCCAGCAGACAUCCCAGAGGCGCAGUGCCUCUGCACCGGCUGCAUCAACCCCUUCACCAUGCAGGAGGACCGCACCAUUGUCAGCGUCCCCAUCUACAGCAAGCUGCCCGUCCGCCGGCUCCUCUGCCACCCCCCUGAGGGCUUGGGAGCCAAGACCCGCAGGAAGAAGAAGAGGUGCCACAAGGAGUACAAGAUGGUCAUGGAGACCAUUGCCGUGGGCUGCACCUGCAUCUUCUGAGGACAAGAGGGACCUCUCACCCUCACUCCAUGCUGGCAGCACCAAACCGCCAGCUUCUGUGUAUGGACACCAGCUCCUGUCUAACCAGCCUCCUCCACUUGCUGAAUCCAUUUGGCAAGGGCCCCAGCCACUGCCCACCAAGCCUCUCCCGCAAGGAGAGGUGGUCAAGGCACAAGCACUGUGUAUGUGGUGAUGGGGAAUCUGAAGCAAGGAGGCAGCUGCUUAGACUAGAGAUGAUUUGCCCCUUUGCACCCACAUAUCCCUUUCUGGCCUCCAGCAUGAGCAACUGCCACAGGGCCCUGCUCUUUGGGGUCCCCAAUGUGCCAUGCCAGCUCUGCAGCUUGCAGCAGGGCCCUGCAAGGAAGACACUUCUGCAACCCUCGCCCCAAGCUAGCUCAAGCAGAAGAAUGGGGGUGAGGGGGAGAUGGAGGUGGCUGCCAUCCAGGGCUCCAAGGCUGCCACUCCCACUCCCCAUGCUCCUCAGGACAGCCCCGUCGGCUGCCGCCUGUCACCUGCUCCCCUUGCUCAGCAGUCACUCAGUUCUGAACUCGCGUCCAUGCACUCGCAUUGCUGCACAGCCAUUCGGGCUAACUGUCCCACCAAGUCCAAGGGGCCGCCCCUUCUCGCGGCCAGGCAGCAUGACCAGAAGGGAAGCAACAUCUCAUGGGCAGGUCCCGAACCACCUCAGGCAAAGAGGCCGGGAGAGGCAGCUGCUCCUGGCCUAAUUUCCCCGCUGCUAGAAUGGGGCAGCCUGUUGCUCCCAGCAGUGCCGGCACAGGAGAUCCAGUCUGUGGCCAGGCUAGCCCUGCACACGCCCCAGGUCUGCAGGGGGAGCUUGUAUUUGAUGGUGAGUACAAUGCACCCUGACUCCAGCUCACUGCAGCCGAUUCCACAACUCUCUGACCUAGUCAGGUAUUAGUGAGAGCACAAGCCAGGGCUGCUGUGGGCCACUGCCAGCAGCUGAUCAUUGGGGUGGGGGCACAUCUGCUGAACCUAAGCCCCAAGCAGCAGAUGCUGCCUUUGAAAUUCCAGGCUCCCUGGCCCCUGCCACUCCUGUUUGGCUGCACCCAGUUGUGAGGAACGUGCCUUAUCUCAGUGCCACUGGGACCGGUCCUGGCCCCACUAGUAACACCUGAUAGCAGGGUCCGGCUUGGAGCAGGAUGCCUGGCUGGCUGCCAAGGGCCUAAGGGCUUCUUCUGCCUUCCAAGGGCUGUGUGUGUUAACAAGUGAGAAGCCCACCAUAGAAAUCACCCCUUGGGGAGGGGCAGUGCCCCCUGGAGAAGGCUGCCACAUCUACCCAUGCAUGGAGCACACACCAGCCCCCCAGGAGCAGGGCAGGAGAGGUCGAGGAUGGGGUCAGAAGACAGGGAGUGGAAUGGGGGCACAGCAUUAGCCUCUCACCCCAGGCAAGCCUGGUUCAGGUACAGAGCCAGGCAGCAUGAGGAAGGGGCUGGCUCCUGGCACUAGACUAGGACUGCCCCUUGGCACCCUCGGAGUGUCAAUCCCUCCUCCCCUGGCUGAUCAGAGCCCAUCUCCCCUUUGCCAGCCCCUCCAAUGCCCUCUGCUGCAUCCACCAACAGAACAAUGGCACCAGGCCCUGCUACUGCCCCCUCACAGAGCGCAGGGAGGGGACACUGAAAAACAGACAAAAUCUGGCUGGGCCUGGCUCAAGUGGCAGUGUCUGCAGGAUGAGCCUGAGGGGAGCUAGGCUCACUUUCAGCAGCACCAUGGCCCUUCACACACACUGACCAACUCAGCUUCACAGCCACUAUUGCGUUACCCCUUGUACACAUGGGGAAACUGAGGCAAAGAGAGGUGGGGAGGCUUGGCCAGUGCCCUGGGCCAGGCAGUCCUAGUGCAGACCACUAACUCCCUCUGUUUCUACUGAGGAAAGUAUUUCUCCCCCAAGGAAGGGGUAACAGCCACCACCCCAUUCCAACCUCAGUCACUGUUCCCCAAGAGCCGGCACAGCAAGCAAGCCACCGACCCAAAUAGCUUGGGAGUUUUAACGGGGAAGGUCAGAAAAGAGGCAGUGCCCCUAGUGCCUUGGCCCUGCUGGAGCUGUGGUUGGCAGGGGGCAAUUACUUGCUCUGCUCUGUAGUUCAGAGAUGGCAUUGGAGGCUGACAAUAGAGGGCAUCCCUCACCCCAACCUGCAGCAGUGGCUCCUUAGCCAAACUAACAGGACUCCUUGGCAUUUACUUCUCCUCUGGCGCACUAGCCCCAGUGCACAGGCCCUCCUCCCGCAGUGGGGCCGGCCAUUCCUCAAGGAGCCAGAAGGGGGUGCUCAUACUUUUCUUCUAGUCCCAAAAACUGAACUCCCCCCGACAACUAUUCCUCAGCCCCCCUCUACUGGGGAUGUUGCUGGCCAGUUUCCAUGUUACCACAGGGCCUAUCCAGCCGAACAGCUCAACUCCUCAGGGGCCACAGGGACGCCGUGAGCUGGUGGUUGAAGCCACAUGGCUCUAGGCAAGGAGAGCUUUCACUAGCUCACCAGCGGCUCUCAGCCAGGAGGCGCCCCACGUCAAGCUUUCUAGGCAGCACGGCCAGCCUUUCCCCUCUCUCAUGGGGUCAUGCCAGGCGUUGAAAUCUGGCCCAGCCAUCCCUGUAUGACAGGGGCAUCUGGGCCAAAUUUCAGUGCGUGUUGUGACGGGGCAUACGGGGUCUUCAAUGCUGAAACUGAGAAAUACUGCCCUGAACAUGGGGUGGAUAUUAAGGUACGCGCUUUUAAAAGGUUUUCUAGACUCUGCCCCGUUGGAAGAGCAGGACCAAAGGACUGAUUUAUUUCAAGUAGGAUCCCCUUUAUUGGAAUCAAUGUAUUAAUGACCCCUAGAUUACAUUGGACAGUCCCAUUUUGUAAGGGGGCGGCUUCACGCUGUUGGUUGUUUUUUUUAAGAUUCAGGGGACAUGACUCAAGAAAGGUUGAAAACCAGUCUUAGACUGAGCAUCAAUCCCUCUGCCCCAGGGAACCUGCCAGCUGCUACAGCGCUUUCUGAGUGUGUGUUCAAUCUGUCCCCAAUGCAUGGGCUUAGAGAGGCUAGCAAGGCCCAAAGGGGUCAGGGUUAUCGCUGGGAAAGGGGUUCGGACAUCAUGCAUGUACAGAGAGGGAGGUGAGAGGGUCUUGUGACUGCUGCAGCAUUGGCCCUUCUAGCUGGCAGCUCCCCCCAGUCCUUGCCCUGCCUGCCUGUGUUUAGACGGGAGCUGAUGGGCUUGGUUAACAAAGCAAGAGAGCAGCUCUGGGUGAAAAGCUGAGAGGGACCCACUAGCCAAACAGACUCACAGCACAGACUUGGAGAACCACAUACCUGCCGAGACCUGAGCGCUGGCUCCAGCACUAGCCUUGCAAGGACUGAUGACAACCCCAGCAGCUAGAGCAAGGAGUGUGACUACACUGCCAGCCAGGGGAGUCCUGCACAGGAAAUGCUGGGGCCAGGCAACUGCCUAGACUCAGCCCUGGUCUAUAGGAUAGCCGGGUCUUGCCAGGUGGGUCAUACUAGAAGGUCCAUAUCCAUCUCUGGAUCUGUGCCCAUGGUACAUGGUCCCAUAGGGGUCAGGGCCCAAGGCACGUGGCGAAGUAUUUUAGACCCCAUAUCUGCUCUUGCUGUUAUCAUAU